CAGCGGUGUCGGGGCGAGUUUGUCGGUCAACUGUACGGCGGUCGACCAAAAAUAGCUCAGUCUAAGCGAUUACUGCCUCUCGAAAAGACAUCCUGCUUACGCUUUGUUCGUGCUGUUUUGCUUUCCGUCUCUGUUUAAACUACGUGGUGAAAAAUGGGGGGCGUACAGUCGGCCAACGAUGGCCGGGAAAUACAAACAUCCGAAAGACAAUCCUCAACCCCACUGCCAACCCAAACUACUACUCUCCCGGAGAAUGAUGCUGCAAUGAAAACAGAUGACGAAUUACACGCUGCAAUCCCGCCCGUCGACGAUGACCCUGAGGAAAAAGACGAUCAACAGCGUGCACCCGAUAACGACGCUACAUACGACAGCGACGAUAGCAUGUCGGCAAAGUGCAGAGCGCGAAAGAUGACAACCGAGUUGGCUAAUUUUCGACGCGACCUACAGCAAAAGCGACAGCUGCACCAAUCGAAGCUGGGAGCCGUGAAGGAUGAGCUGGAGCAUCUGCGCAAAGCGUUGGCCGAGGAGAAACGCCGUAACCGAGCACUUAUCAAGUACUUCCAGCAGCAAGAACACCACUUAGCACAGCAGACACACGACGAAUCAGCGCACGAACAGCACGGUGUAGGGACGACCAUCACCACGUUGCCGUUGUGUGACGUGCGUCGGGAAGCGCUGGAGAUCGUCGCCAACGGUGAGAACGCACUGGAACCGGCCGAACGAGUGAACGCGGAAGCUGCGGUAAAUGAACCGCGAGAUCAGAGUUCAUCGGCCCGCGGACAAAGCGUCGAACGGUUGGCGGAUGACGAACGGUUGGUGCUGAAGCGAGAGCUCGCUGAGUCACAGCACGCGCUACAGUGCACAACCGGUGAGCUGCUAGAGCUACGCCACGAGUUGGCUCAGUUGAAAGCGCAGCUUCGCACGCAACAGGACGAAGCGUUGGAAGAGAGCUCGCGACAGAGCGCUGUCGGUCGCACACUGAAAGCGGAACUGGCCGAGACGCAGUUCCGUCUGCAGAUAUCCCAGGCGGAGGCACUAUCCCUACAGACCGAUGUCGAUCAGCUGCGCAAUCAGGUGAAAUCACUCAAGGACGUAAUUAAGGCUGGAAAGGAGAUUAUCGCGAUAAGGGAGGAUCAAGUCGAACAGCUGAAAGGAAAAUUGCGCCAGAUCGAGGACACUUUGCAGGAGCGCGAAUUGCAAAUUAUGUCCGACGAUCUCCGUCGGGAGUAUGAUCGACAGCUGACAAACAUCCGCAACCUAAGAGAUCUAUACGAAGAGCGUGAACGUGUCUCGAGAAUGGAGCGCGACAAUUUGGUCCGCCAGUUGGACCUGAAGAAGAACGAGCUGGCGACCGAGCAGGAGAAAAAUAAAAAUCUGGAAGCACUGGUGGAAAGUUUGCAGACCGAUCUUACCCGGCUGCGAACGGAGCUGGAACAGACGCAAGAAAAACUGUCCCAAUCGCAGGCCGAAUCGAAGCAGCUGCAACUCGAAAUGAGUGUUGUCAAUCAGUUCAUUUCAAAGUUCCUGCUCGGGAUGAGUCGUAAACCGGCUGCGAGCGAUAUCAACAUUGACAAGUUGGCCGCAGUGCUGGAAGAACAUCGAGAUCUUUUGAUCGAGAUGACUAAAGACGAAGCGGAAACCAUCGACACGGGAGCAUUCCUUCCGCGAGCGCUCUACGAUCUAAUCACGGAAGUGGACGAAGCGAACGAACGUACCGAUGAAAGCGAGGUUGCACAGGAUGCACGGAUUGAGCCAGAUGCGAGCGGCGAGGAAGAGUUUACGGACGUGCAGAAGGCAUCUCCGGAACAGAUUGCUGACAAGUUGCCAAAAGUCUGGCGGGUGCUGAUUGAGUUGGUGAACCAUCAGGAACGGGCUCAAGCGGUACCGUUUGUGGAAGGAGGAGAGAGUGAAGAAUGUCUCAAGUCGAUACAGACACGAAACGGACCGAAAACGGUCGUUAGUGUUAGUAAGACGUACAUCAAGCUGAAGGAUUUGAUACUGGAGAAGAAAUCCCUCAAGAAGGAAACCAAUCGAUUGCGGACACUGAAUUCGCAUCUAGAGCGAAGGCUCGAUUCGCAGGAAAAACGCCUCAGUGCGGUGAGUCUGGAGCUGACAAAGACAUGGCAUCUGGUGGGAAAAAUGCAGCGCCAGCAUCGUCAGCUUCACACUCAGGAACAAAUACUACGUUAUCAUCUUCAGCAAAAACGCCGACUGCUCAGCGAACUCAAGGAGGAGCUUGAGUACUGCCGUCUGAAGUGGUCGGCCGCACGAGAGAAAAACAUCGAGUCCGAGGAUCAGUGGCGGUCGCUGAAGGCGGACUUUGCCGCACGUCGAAAGCAGGAUUCGAUCAACAACUCUGGAGAGAGCGGAUACAGUGAUGAGCAACCGUCCGACGAGGAAGAAGUCGUAAAGCGGAAAUCAAGUUUGGCUAAUCAGCAGCUCUCCAGCACCAGCGCUGUAGCUGUGGAAUCGGAGAAAUGGAACCAGAUGGUGGGACGAUUGGAUAAAUGUUUUGUUGGUACUUCCCUGUCCAAUAUCUACCAUCUCACCGUCACUAGUGUGCUGCGAAGGGCACACAGCGAGUCAGACAUGAAAUCGUUGGAGAAUGUCGAACGAGCGAAUCGAUUCUGCAAUGAAAAGAUCGAAGACUUACCCAUCUUCCCGUUCGAGGAAGAUGAAGCCGGCCCGGAAGAACCGGAAGAGAUUCCUGUGGUGCUGCGAAAGAAGCGUAAGUCAGCCUCGAAAAAGGGUAAGAAAAGGCACAAUGAUGCGGGUCAGCCGGAAUCGGCACAGGAUAUGUUUCUUCGAUUGAUGAACCUAGCGGAGGCAGGACAGGAGGUCGGGGUAGAGGACGAGGAUGGGGAGGAAGAUGAUGCCGAGGAGCAGGAGCUUGAGCGUACCGGCACUGGAAACGAUAAUGCCGAGGGCGAAUACAGCGAAAAUGAAAGUGCAAGUGAGCUGAGUGAGGAAGAGCUCGAAUGUUUGGAGUUGGCAGUAAUGGACGAACGUGCCGAAUCCUCGGUUACGCAGGAACGCCUCGAAGGACCGGAUGCCGCGUCACACACCGACGCCAAUCGGGAGCUGUCGAGUGAGGAACUAUUUCAACGGAAACGGGAAGCACGUUUGCAAAGAAUGGCCGAGCUCAAUUCCACGUUGGAUCGAUACUCGUCACCCACACCGUCAGCAUCCCCUUCCGAAGCUCCACUAACGACACAGAACGUGGGAACGAGUGACACCUCGGAUAAGACUGACGACCAGGUAGUGCUGAGUGAGGAAGAACAGAAAUACCUGCAAAGACGUGCCGAACGGUUGGAACGGCUUGAACGAGAAGCGAAGGAGUUCCGAAACAGACUUUCGAAAACGGUCCACCGGGGUACCGAAAUAUCGGCCCAGAUCGAUGAGAUCCACAACGGAUUCAUGGCUCGACAAUCAGAAUCGUCUCCCAUGCCAGGAUGCUCAGGUGAGGCACAACAAACGACCACAGUGGACCUGUCCUGCCUCACAGACAAAGAGCGUGAGUACACAUCGGCACGGGCAGAACGGCUCGAACGGCUCGAAAACGAAAGUCAGAAGCUGCUAAAGCAAAUGAAUCAAACGAUGCGUCGGGGUAGCAGUCUUACAACGAAGCUCGACAUGCUACACACUCGCUACGGUUCCCCAGCGGCUAAUGAACCGGAAGCAAGCGUCGAAACUACCCGCCCAGAACAAAUGAAACCGGCCAAUGAAUCUGUGCCAAUGGAAUCCCACACAUCAGAAUCGGUGGAUUUGUCAGUUCAGCAGGAGAACGUUCCGGAGCAGGAACAGCAAGACUACAGCAGCGUUGCCGGACCUUACUUGCCCAUGGGACCAAUAGAACUAGUGCUAGUGUCUGACGAGGAAGUAAUGGAAGAAGUAAGCAACCUUUUGGAAAAUGAAAACGUUUCACAGCAUAAUACUUCUGAUGCUUCCAAUGAAAACAGUGAACAAUCUUAGAACGGGAUAACUUACGAUCCCAAAGCUACACCUACCUCGUACGAAAAGACAUCC